AUGGAGUCUGAGCAGAAAUACAAUCCAACAACAGACGACGUACUAAGCGUUUUGCGACUUCUUCAUGAUAAUGGUAUUAGCGUUCAAAAUUCAAGAAAAGCGUAUGAAGAGCUACAACAAUACCAGGCAAAUCCAAAUUUCUGCAUUUUGCUAUCCUUCGUGUUCAGUGCAGAGAAUUGCCCUAUUCAAACCUUGCAACCAGUUGGUUCCUGGAUUCAGUAUAGACGACUUGCAGGUAUUACGUUAAAAAACAACCUGGAAAGGUCUGAAUACGCUCUGGGUGAGGUAGCUGUGAAGGAGGCUGCCCGGGGUGCUUUGUCUGUGCUAGGUAAUCCGACAGAUGUUCGCAUUGCUCGUGUGGCAGCCCAAAUUGUUGUUAAGAUAACGGCCCUUACCUCCUUUGAUUGGUGGCAAGCUUGUGGGAUGGGAAACCUUCCAAACUUGCUUCUCAAUGAGUUAUUCAGGGCAGGAGAACUAAAAACUUUGUCAGCUCUUUACACACUUCAGUACCUUGUAGAAGAUCUUCCAAAGGAAGUGGGUGCUGCGGGUAAGGAUAUAAUUGAACAGGUUGUGACGCUGGCAUUGGAUCAAAAUGCACAUUUGAGCAUGCGUAAGGCUGCUUUUCGAAUGUGUUCUAAUAUGUAUGAGCACGCAGAGCUUCUUGAUUGGAAUGUGGAGGGACUCUCACCUUUACAGAAUGGGCUAGUAGGUGCAAGUGGGACAUUUACUGGUGCCUGUACUGCAAUUUUAGAACAAGGAUGUGGAUGUGAUAUUGCACUAAUGAUUGAAGUAUUACGCUCGUGUGUUAUGAUGCUUGAGUACUUGGAUUAUUUCACGCCUCUUUCAGAUGCAGAUAUGGCCAGACUUGUCCAUUGGUGGAUUCGCAAUACGAUAGAUCUUGUUUCAUCAAGAAGCAUCACAAGUGAGUACGAUGUUCAACUUAAAACUGCCGCAAUGGAUUUGUUGACCGCGACCCUGUCAUUUUAUGACAGGGUGGGUGGUGAGGGGCCUAUAUGCCUCCUUGUUGAACCAAUUCUCCAAUCACUACCGAAUCUUGUACCGGUCCUAGUGCAGUUUGUUCCUAUGUCACAGGAGGAGAUAAAUAGCAUUUUGUCGACCGAUGACUAUCGAAUGCGCGGUGCAACUGCAGUAAAUUAUCAUAUCAGUGAGGAACGUAAAGACAUAUCUGAGGAUACAUUUUUUGAUGAAGACCGUGGGGCUGCGACAUUGCGCGCAUCAACAUUACGGUGCAUUGACGCUUUGUGUGUUUUUUCAAGUGAAAAGGUUUUUCCACAUCUGAUCGAACAGGUUCGAAUUUUAUGGGAUGGAGAUAGUCAACUCAAAGAAGCAGCGAUUGUGUUGAUUGGAACUAUGGCCAAUGGUUGCUAUACUGAAAUUGAACAGAUACUUCCAACUGUUGUGGAACAACUUAUCAGCGCUGUUACAUCUCCAUCAGAAAACAUAUUUGUGGUCAGUAUUGCCCUUUGGGCCUUGUCGCGAAUGUUGGAGUGGGCUUAUGCACGCGAUGAUGGGAUUUUGUCUAAUAUUGUGGCGGCUUUUAUAGCACAAACACAGAAUACUAGUAGACGUGUUCAACAAGCGGCAGUAUCUUCUCUGAACACAGCCUUCAUUACGGGUCAUAACAUGGAUGCGUUAACGAAGCUCGCUGGUAGUUACUCUGGAUUGGCAACGGCGGUCGUUGCAUGUUUACCCAAUUAUUGUGAUGCAAACCUGUCCCUUCUGUGUGAUUUGGCUUUGCGGUUGAUUGCUGUUUCAGAGAAUAUUUCUGCGGCUUCGAGCAUUGUUACCGUGUUUGAAAAUAAUCGAACUGAGCGUGCCAAGUCUUUUGAGAAGACAUAUGUUGACAAUUACAUCAACGAAUUACCCAAUAUCCACGUGGACAAGGAUAUAUUUUCGAUUGAUCGUGUUAUUGUGGGUUACCUGUCACGCUUUCCGAAUCCAGAGACUUCGGUGAAAUUUCUUGAAUCAUGGCAUAUGACCUUAAAAGAUGCUGUUGAGAGAAAUGUGAGCGACGACACCGACUUGUUGUACAACAUCAUGUACACUUGCUGCAACUUCGCGACCACAACUACAUCUGCCACACUCGCCGAAUGGGCAAGCCAAACACAAGGUUCUCUUGCAGGAUUGGCUUAUCACCUCCUUGUUAGAUCACCCCAGCAGACCGUGAAAUCAGCAGCUGUUGAACUUCUUAUUCGCCUACUGAAUAAUAUUGGGGGUGCUGCGUUUCCAAAUGGGAUGAGUGAAAAUUUGAUGGAAAAACUUGCUUCUUCUAUGCGUGAAGUUGAUGAUCCGUCCAACAAAUUAGAACUGGUACGUUUGAUCACGCUAAUGGUUGAAGUAUAUUCUUCGGAAUUUCCUAGCAGCGCUUCUGCCGCGUUUUCUGCCGCAGUAGACGCACUUCGUAGCGACGCUUAUGGUGAUUCUCUAUUGUUGUUUGCCCGCAUGGCGUUCGAAAUAUGUCGUGCACUCGGUGUCAUGCCAAAUCUUGUAAGGCAAUCACGUCCCGAUGUUGUGGCUCGAAUUAUGGCUCAGACGGAGAAUACAUACGAAAAGUCAGUAGCAACAAUACAGCUGAUAGAUGCACUUUUGUCGGCUGAAGAGGUUGCUCUCGCCAUGCUACCUGAUGCCAUGCGUCUCGUUUAUAGUUGGCAGCAGGCGGCGUGUGACUUUCCAGGUACACAAGAAAAACUCAAAUCCUUGUUGUUGUUUUACAACAGCAGACAGGGUGAGCAGCUCAAAGAGCACAUAAAUGCUCUAAACCCCAAUUUUCGCGAAAUGUUAUUGUUGGCAUACGGUAUGAAUUGA